AUUUCUGUCCAAAACAAUGGCUUUUGGUGUUGUUGCUGCCUCAUUUUCAAGAGUUCCCUCCAUUGUCACCACCAGAGGUUGUUAUGUAACAAGAGCUUCAUUGCCUAAUAAGAGUCUCAAAUUCUCAAAAGAAUAUAAUUGGAAGCACAAUUCCAGAAGCAUAUUUGAAAGAAGAGGAUCUACAAUUACAACAUGUGAUGAAAAGAAGUACCUUGUGAAUGUGACACAAUCAAAUGAUGAAGUUGAACCACAUUCAAAAACCAUCUUCAACUCCAUCAUUCAUGCUUUAGAUGCUUUCCGCAAGUUUAGCAGACUUUACGCAUUCAUUGCCAUGGUAGUGGCUUCACUUUCCACAUCGCUUCUUGCAGUGGACAAUUUAACAGAAUUGUAUCCAGCAUUUUUCAAUGGCUUUUUGCAAUGUAUGGCAGCUUACUUCUUCAUGCAUUUGUACAUUGUUGGAAUAAAUCAAUUAGCGGAUCUUGAAAUAGACAAGAUUAACAAGCCAUAUCUUCCUUUGGCAUCAGGGAAUUAUUCCUUCAGAAAUGCAGUUAUAACUGUGACGUCAUUUUUACUUACGGGCUUUGGGAUUGCAUGGAUGAUAGGAUCAAAGCCGUUGCUUUGGACUAUUUUUGCCAGUUUUGUUCUAAUGACUGCUUAUUCAGUUAAUUUGCCCUUAUUGAGAUGGAAGAAAUCUACAAUACUUACAGUGAUGGGUUGCACAAUUUCUAUGGUGUUAUCAUUUAAUCUUGGUCCCUUUUAUCACAUGAAGACUCAUGUGCUCAAGAAGGCAGCUACCUUUCCAAGAUCUCUACUUUUUGCUGUUGUGGUCAUGAGCAUGUACUAUAUCGUUAUAGCUUUGACAAAGGAUAUACCUGAUAUCAAAGGGGAUAAAGAAGCAGGCCUCCAAACUUUGGCCGUACGCUUGGGUCCUAAGAGGGUAUUUUGGUCUAGUGUUUUACUUCUUGAAAUGGCUUAUGGAGCUGCUAUUAUAAUUGGAGCAUCCUCUCCUUUUCUUUGGAGCAAAAUCUUUGUGGUUCUUUCCCAUGCUAUCAUGGCUUUGUUCGUAUGGUAUCGCUCCACUCUUGUAGAUUUAUCCAACAAAGAUUCAUUGCAAGCUUUUUAUAUGCUUAUCUUUAAGCUUUUUUCUGUGGAAAAUAUUCUCAUGCUUUUUGUAAGAUGAAGAUGU